GAGGCAACAGUUGUAUAAUGCGCUGGAUCUUCAUUUUUCCCAUCUUGCUAGCUGUUGGAGGAGCUCAAGCACAGUCCGCCAACAAGGUGUCCUGCAAGGAUGAGCAAGGCAAUGAUGUAGAUUGGUGGUACAUUUAUAAGCUGCCCAAGCACUUUAAUUUGGCCAGCGGUGCAGGUGGACAGGAUAUUUCGGGUUUGCGCUACCUUUAUGUGACCAGCGGCAGCUAUGACAACUGGCAGCUAUCCGGGCGACGCAUUGGAGAUCCCGACUCCCUAACAGCCCGCACUCUGAGCCCCCUCUUCCGCGACGAGCGUAACGUUCUACUGGCCGCCUACAAUGACGAAUUCCCCAAUGGCACCGUUUCCGUGACGGGUGGUCAUGCGAAGGGUGUAGUGGCGACUGAUGGACAGACAGGUGUAUGGCUGGUCCAUUCGGUGCCCAAGUUUCCCACAAUACCCGAGUACAGUUAUCCCACAAGUGGCGAACAGUAUGCGCAAAGUUUUCUUUGCCUAACACUUGAUGCGGCGGGUGUGGAGAAAGUGGGAGAGAUACUGGUCUAUAAUGAGCCGCACUUCUAUUACGAACGCAAUCCCUUCCACCACACGGCCGAUGAGCAGUUCCCCAGCCUGGAACGAGCUCUCCGCCAUCAAUGGCGCACACAGGAACCAUAUCAGAAGGAUAUCGAGCUGCAGACCUUGGGAGGCAAAGAGUUUCGUGUAUUUGGCAAGAGUCCUCGUGCCAAUGUGGAGCUCUAUGCAGAUGUUGUGGCCCCGGCGUUGGAUGUGAAUCUUUUCGUGGAGGCUUGGCGGGAUGGUGCUGGAAAUUUGCCCAACAGUUGCAGUGCCUCCGACAAAGUCUACAAUGUGGAGGAAAUUUCAAGUCCAGAGCUUUCUGUGGACUUCAAGACCACACACGAUCACUCCAAAUGGGCCGUCUCGGAAGAGAAGGGCAUAAAGGUGCAUCGUUGGCGUAUUGGUGGGACGGAUUGGACCUGUGUUGGAGACAUUAAUCGCCAGCAGACUCAACUAAAACGCGGUGGAGGCACUGUUUGCCACAAGAGCUCAACAAUAGCCGGCCUAUAUCGCAAACUUGUCGCUAACUAUGACAAAUGUAAUUGAAUUAUAAAUCUACCGAAAAUAGAGUUCUGAAUGCGAAUUUAAUGAAUAAUAAACGAUUACAUCAAUAAUAAAUAGUAAAAAUAUUAAA